AUGGCUGAGAUUCUGGGGAGAAAUAUUAAGAAACUUGUAAAAACGAGAUUGUGGAAAGGUGCACACAUUCAUAAGAGUAUUGAUUCAAUUUCACACUCUCAAUUUGCUGAUGAUACAAUUCUUUUUGGGGAAGCCACUGAGAAGGAAGCAAAGGUAAUCAAGAUGCUACUGAAUGAUUAUGAAAAAGGAUCGGGACAAAGCAUGAAUAAGGAGAAAUCAAUGAUAUAUUUCUUCAACACUAAUGAGAGGAUGCAAUGUAAAAUUGGGGAAAUAAUGGGUUAUCUGCAGGGCAAAUUUCCUCUAAAGUAUUUAGGGGUUCAGUUAGACCCGGGCAGACAUCAAAACAAAAUGUGGGAGGAAGUGAUCAACAAAUGUCAAGUAAAGGCUUCCUCUUGGAAGAACAAGUGGUUAACACAAGCAGGGAGAAUCCAAAUGAUCAAAUAUGUUCUUUCAGCAAUCCCUAUUUAUCAAAUGUCAUGUUUUCGGUUAUCAUUUAAAGUAGCUAAAGAGUUAGACAGUCUGUUCAAAAAGUUUCUGUGGGAUGGAGCACAGGAGAAGAAGAAAAAUCCUCUCAUUAAUUGGGAUACAACUUUUUUAUUAAAAAUGGAGGGAGGAGCGGGUCUAAGAAAAAUGGACUUGCAUAAUUUGGCUCUAGGGGCUAAAUUAGCAUGGAAAAUGUAUGCUCAACCUCAUAAAUCCUGGUGUAAGAUUAUGGCUGCCAAAAGUAUAAUAACAGAGCAUCUGACAUGGAAAAUUGGUAAUGGUGGAAAGGCCAAAUUUUGGAGAGAUUCAUGGAAUGGUGAUAUACCUCUAGUUGAAGAAAUAGAUGACACAGUUUGGGUUAAUGAAGUAGAUGCAGUGGUUGGGUCGUAUGUGGCUGAUUAUAUUAUGGAAGGGCAGAGGGAGUCAGAAUGGAUAGAAUGGAAAUUAGUAGGAGAAUGGAAGAUGGAAAAGAAUGUGGAACUAAAGGAUAUUCUAAAUAGGAAGAAAAAAAUCAUCUAUCAAAAAGAAGAGGAUUAG